CAACACGAUCCUUUUUGAUUCUUGAAUUCCCGAGUGGUUCAAAAAUACCGUGGGUAGAAAUGCGGACAAGGAACAACACCACCAAUCGCCACCAAACAAUGCCCGCUACCCGCGUUUCUAGACAUUUCGUACACAAUGACAACACCACCAACGACGCCACCAACAGCACCGGAAAUACCCGUGGCAACAGCAGAACCGGAGUGUCCAAGAGAUGACAGCGACGGCCAGAACGACAGCAAGGACGGCUCUCCCUCCGCGGAGAAUUGCAACGCCGCCGCCGGUCCUCCUCUCCCUGUUUCCGAACCCGACAACACCAGCGACGACGACACCGGCCACAACAUCAGCGAACACAAAGACAACGAUAAAGACAACGACAACACCGGCGAUAGCGUCUCGCACGACGAGAUCCGCAGGGCCAACUUCUCCGGGAGCAUCCCGGUGAGGCUGGCCCUGGCCCAGACCUCCCUGUCCUCCGCGGAGGCCCCCCGGCCCUUCCACGCCUUGGUCCGGAGGCAGACCUUUCUGCACCUCGGCCUGGAACGGGCGGUCCGGGCCCUCCACGAGUACGCCCCGCAGACCCUCGCCAUUGCGAAAGGGGGCCGGGUCGUCGUCCAGGAAGACGACGACGAGCAGGAGCAGCCGGCGGGAGAAACGGACGCCCGCCCGGAAGAACCCGAAAGGGUGCCGCCCUACCCGACCUGCUGGUUCGAGGACGUUUCCACGGGCCAGCCCCUCCGGUGGCAGUACUUUGCUGGCGUCCUCUUCGACUCGUUGCAAAGCGAAAACGGCGGCUCCAAGCGGAGGCUGCCCUGGGAGCUGAGGCUCCACUUUGGGUCCUACCCCUCGGACCGGCUCCUGGAGCUCCCCGACGACCCGGACGGCCCCGGCGUCCUCGGGACCCUCCGGCACGCCUUCCAGAACUCCCUCAAGCAGGGUUUGGUCCUCCAGCACGGGACCCCCAAGGCGGCCCUCAACCUCUCCAAAAAGUCCCACGUGUCCAUCUGGGAGGAGGGGGUCCGGGACGGGAACUACGAGGCGGUACGGCCGGUCCUCUUUCCGGGGAAUCCUCCCCCCGGGCCGGGCCUUGCGGCGGCGGAAGGGGACAACGGUGGCACCGGCGGCGACUCCCUUGCCGCCGGCAAAACGGUCGGAAGCACUCCGGCAAUGGUCCCGGUCCGGCUCUCCCUCGACCCGGCCAAGCCCAUGGUCCAGAGGCGGAUCGACGGGGGCGGAAGACCGGAAACGGAAGCGAUGACCCUGGGCUCCCUCCUGCAAGAGUGGGCCCCCGACCGGUUUGCGGCCCCAUGGCCACCACCCCCCUGCGUUUGGGUCGCGGGGAUCGCCCCCCCGCUGGACACACCCGUCCUUUGCCUCUGGCGGACCCUCCGGCACCCCGACAACUUUUUGUAUGUGUGCGUUUCCGGAAGAAGAAGAAGCGGUGGCACCGGCAACGGCGCGGGCGUUGGCGGGGGCGGCGAACCGAGCAGCGGCGGCGGCGGCAACGCCCAUCUUUGACGACAACAUCCGUGGCGGCACGGGACGCCCACCAAUUGGGAACGAAACGAAAUUGGAAAGUGUUGGUGACAGCCCAAGUGGCAGAAGAAAUGAAAUGUUCGGUG